AUGUCGUCAUGGCAUCGCAUGACGGCAUGGAUGGGCCGAAGCAGCGCGCAGGCCCGAAAACCCAGGGCGACUUUUACCAACUUUGAUUGCCUGCCGCACCCUCUCCCCCCUUCUCUCCCCCCCCUCCCCCUCCCCCCUCGCACCCUCUCCCCCCUUCUCGCCCCCCCUCCCCCUUCUCCCCCCUUCUCGCCCCCUCUCCCCCCUUCUCGCCCCCUCUCCCCCCUUCUCGCCCCCUCUCCCCCCUUCUCGCCCCCUCUCCCCCCUUCUCGCCCCCUCUCCCCCCUUCUCGCCCCCUCUCCCCCCUUCUCGUCCCCUCUCCCCCUCUCUCCCCCUCUUUCUCCCCUUCUGCCCCUCACCCCCCAUCCGCCUCUUCCACCGCACCAGCUGAACGGUGAAUGGAUCCACAGAAGCUCGGCAUGUAGAUCAUUCUCCCCCCCCUCGUCCCCCCCUCCCACCUGCCACCAGCUGGGCGCGAAUUGGAUCCACGGCAUUCACGGUAGCCCCCUCUACGCUAUCGCACAGGAGCAAGGACUGAUGCAGUCCCCUGGUUGUGACAGCGUGGGGGCGAGUGGGAAGUUACAGGGGGAUGCUGUGGGGGCGCCUGGGAAGGGGCAGGGGCAGGAGAGGCUGUGGAAGGGGGUGAAUCGGUGGAGGAGGGAGGGCGGGGGGGAGGUGGACGCGGGUGUGGUGAAGGAGGUGAAACGCGUGUUCAGGCGGCUUCUGAGGGAGGCGCAACUGGUGGGGUCGCGGGUGGGGGAAGGGAAGCAGCAGCAGGCGCGAUUUGUGGACAAGAGUGGAAGAGAGGUAAGAGAGGGAGGCACAACUGAGGCACUGAACGUUGAGGGCGGCAGUGCGGCAGCAGCUGGGGGCAGCAGCAAGCAGGCAGGAGUGGAGAACGUGGAGUGGGGGUCAGAGGCAGUGAGGGCGAGGGUAGCGGUGUGGCAGCAGAGGGAGCGCCUGGAGUGCACCAUUAGUGCAUGCCACUCCACGCACCAACUCUCCCUGCGCUACUUCGGCGAGUACGAGGAGUUUGGCGGCCCUCACGUCACAAUCGCCCAGGGUUACUCCCGCAUUGUGGAGCAUCUAGCAUCGAGCCUCCCUUCUGGCACCAUCCGGCUCAACUCCCCAGUGUCGCAAGUUCAGUGGACCCCUCCUACCUCGUCCUUUGUAGGAGGAAGAAGAAGCAGGGUCGAAGCAGCAGAGGUAGCAGCAGGGGCAGCAGCAGGAGGAGAAAAGGAAGAACCAGCAGCAGCAGACGUGGCACCCUUGGAGGAGCAACAGGGGGGAGAAGAGGGGAAGAGAAAGCCGGUGUGUGUGGUGUUGGAGGGAGGAGAGAGAAUCUACGCGGAUCAUGUGAUUGUAACGGUGUCACUGGGCGUGCUUAAAGAGAGAGCUGCUGGGAAGGACGCUGAUUCCUUGCCGGAGCGGAACCUUUUCUGCCCGCCUCUGCCCGAGACGAAACUGGGGGCCAUUCGGCGGCUUGGCUUUGGAAUGGCCGAUAAAGUGUUUCUGGAAUUCCCACAGCCAGCAGUAUUCGGGGAGGACACAGCAGAGCUGGAGAUAGUGUGGGAUGUGCCGGCACAACCCCUCGCUCCUCCAACACACUGGCCUGGGCCCUGGUGGGACUCAGACGCUGCUCAUACUGAUGCUCAUGCUGGUGCUCAUGCUGAUGCUCAUGCUGAUGCUCAUGGGAAUGCUGCUGGUGCUGCUGAUGCUGUGAAUGCUGGUGAUGCCUCGGCCCGCUUCCCUGCGUGGACGCGCAAUCUCUUCUCCUUCCACCCGGUCAACGCGCAGUCGCGUGUGGUGCUGGCGUGGAUAGCAGGGAAAGAGGCGUACGACAUGGAGUCCUGGCACGGGGAAGAAAGGACAGGGGAGAGUGAGCGUGAGAUUGAGAACGGAUCAAGUGUCUGUAAUGGCAACACAGCUGCACAUGCUUGUAUGACGCAAGCUGACUCUGCUCGGGAUUCUGCAGCUGGUGAGGCGAAUGGUUCAGCCCAGCUGAGAACAACAACCACCACCACCACUGCCUCCCCCACACCUCCUCACUUCAACCACACACUCAGCAAUGUCAUCCGGCAUUUCCUGCCGAAAGAAACCGCCGCGCGGCUUCCAGAGGCUGUUGCGGGGCUGCGCACACAGUGGGGGUCUAACCCUCUGUUCCGUGGGUCGUACUCGUUUGUGCCUCCUGGGGGAUCUGGGGAGGACUUGAACAUUAUGGCUCUGCCUGUCCCUGGUGGAGUAGCAGGAGCGGGAGCAGCAGCAGCAGCAGGAGCAGCAGCAGCGGCGGCUACAGCUGCAGGUGCUGUUUGCAGGGGAGGCCACGGAGAGGCACCACUACUCCAACACGCAUGGGGCGUACCUGUCAGGAAUUAG